CCUGAGCAGUGAAUCCUUGUUUACAGUGUUUACAUGACUCAUACGCGACUGAGACAGGUGCGGGACGUGUAUCUAUGGCAGCUUUCCUUGACACCACAAGCACGAACAAGAAGAGAACUGCGCACCACUACUUCGAGAGCCAUACAACAGGACUGAACCGGAUAGAGACUGAGGGAACUGGAGGAGCAUAGACAUGGCAUCGGGGAAGCAGGGUCUACAGGUGGUGGUGUGGGAGUGGGAGAACAAACAGAGACGCUGGAGGCCGUAUCCGCCGGAGGUUGCCCAACAGCUAGAGCGAGCUUACUCCAAGAACUUGCGGUCCGUGUUUCUUGGAGACUCUGAUCCGUCACUCAAGGACUACUGUAUCCACCUUCCUCAGAUGGAACAAGAGUGCAAAAAAACAGGACACAGAGUAAAGGUGCGGAGGAACUUCUUCCCUCAGAGCUCCCCUGCUGGUCAAGGAGCUGUGUGGCAGUGGGGAGGGGAUGUACAUGGAGACUGGCAUACUUAUGAUAUGUGUGUCCAGUGUGUUAUGGAGGAGUCGUGGACCACAGGAGCUCAGACACUGGACAUGGGCGAGACAUUUACAGCCUGUCCUUACGUCAUUGAUUUCUGCAACAUGACUCAGAUGAAUAACAAGACUGGAUUUAUUCGUUCGAUACGCAGACUGCAGCAGGCAUCGUAUCCUGCUGGAAAACCCCCAGCUUCAUUUUACUCCAAUCACACGCAUAAUACUCAAGGAGCCAGCGGUGAAACAUCAUACUGCAAUAGCAAGGGGCUAGGAGCACCCUCCUUUCCUGGGACUAGUUGUAGUGGGGAAAAGCAAAGACACAGAGGUACCAGAGAUGACCCAGAGAGCUUUGCUGCUGAGAACAAACCACGUGCACUACUCUCAAAGGUGCUGUGCCGCGGUAGCAAGAAUAGUACUAGCAGCCCUCCUGGAACUUCUGACAUUUCAAACAGUGGACAUCACAUAAGCUCAUGGGUGACCAAGAAUGGACCAGCAGCAAGCCCUCCCAAACCAUUACCUCGAUCCAGUGUCCCCCCAGUACCCAGGCCUCGAACACUUCCCCCACCUGGGGAACCACACUCCCAACAGUCAACCAGCCAACUGUCCUACAGCCCACAAAACAAGGGUGCCCAUCACCUAUUAAAGGACCAUAACACUGCAUCCCAGAUGGCUCAAAAUUUCAAGAUUGAACUAUCAGACAAAUUUGGCUCAAAUCACACCCUUGACUCGGACUGUAGCUCCUUAUUGGGUGGUCGUCGGCCCAGUGUGGACACAAUCUCCACAUACCUCUCCCAAGAUGAUGACCCAAAUCAUAGCAACUACUGCUCAGGACACACAGAAACUGGAUAUAUGAGCAGUCUAGCAAUUGACAAGCUUAUUAGUGUAGAGUCUGAUGAGAACAUGGAUGAAGAUGUUUUUGCCGAGGACCAAGAGGUUUGCGAUGUCAUGAGAGGUGUGGCUGGGCCCUCCCCUCCCCUGCGCGUCUCCUCACCCCUGACUCUUGGCCAGUCCCACUACCACCAUAACUCAAGCACCUCCAAAAGCCAGAUGUCAUCUCUUCAGCAGUGUCACUUUAUGCCUAUUAAUGCAGCGCACAGUGGCUCUGACUCUGGUCUUCACAUGAAUGGCGUCAAACGUAAAAGAACUAGAGAAAAAGCUUUGCCCAACAUGUCUCAGCUACAGUCUCCAGAGUGCAGCACAGGAGAUGUUUCUCCCUGGGACUCACACCACCACACCAGCAGCAGGCACCACUUCACUGGAAAGAAUCACAAGGGCCAUCAUGGUUCCCGAGCUCCCAUUGCUGCUGAGGAUAAACUACUUCUUCAGUACACGAGUGUGGUGGAGUCUCCCCCAGAUGACAUGUGCUCCAUCUGCAUGUGGAGUCUGACUGAGGCAUCAGGGUAUUUGGAGGAAGAACCAUCUAAGAUGUCUCAUCAGAAAGAUGUACAGAAUGAUGGUGUUGUCAGCCUUAAUUUAUGCAAACACCAGUUUCAUCUUGCAUGCGUGAGAGAAAUGGCCAAGAGUUCUCCUCAGUUCUUAGAGUGUCCUAACUGUAAAACCCUGCAUGGAGAAAAGCUUGGCAACCAACCCCCAGGCAACAUGAAUGUCACAACAGUGCACCGUUCCCUUCCUGGUCACCCUGAUUGCAAUACAAUACAAGUUACAUACAGCAUCAGUAGUGGUAUGCAAGGCCCUGAACAUCCUCAUCCUGGCAGACCUUACCGAGCCAUUGGGUUUCCUCGUGUUGCUUACAUCCCCAACAACGAUAAGGGUAAAAAGGUGGUGAGACUCCUUCAAGAGGCUUGGCGGCGGCGCCUCAUCUUUACUGUUGGGCCCUCUGUCACGAUGGGCUGGGAUGACUGUGUCACCUGGAAUGAAAUCCAUCACAAGACAGAGUGGAACAACAGGGCAGGGCAUGGCUAUCCUGACCCUGGGUACCUGGACAACGCCCUCAAAGAGCUGGCUCUUCAUGGUGUCACCGACUCCAUCUAGGUCUGCCUCCUCUUUGCCUGGGGAAAAAAGAAAUAUAGUUAUAUAUUAAAUCAAGGGUAUACUGCAAUUGGACCCUUUAACUUAAUAAUUCCUGCCAUCCAGAAUUCAGAAUGUUAUUGGAUUUUCUAAUUUUUUUGUACUUCUUGCAUUACAGAAUUUGGUCAGUUGCAUUUCUUUUGGAGUUAUCAUUUUUUGCCCAUACGAGUUUGGCCUUGGAUUUUUUGGAUUAUUUCCAGUCUUCAAGAAUUCAGAUUUGAGAUUUUUGAACCAUAGGAAUUCAGAUAAAGGCUUUCGCCAUUUUCAAAAAGUGAAGAGUAUAUAGAUAUGCUUAAAAUUUUAAUUGGUUCUUCAUGGUGAAGAACCAAUUAAAAUUUUAAGCAUAUUGAUGGCAGGAGAGUCACAGAGCCCACACAAACUUGCAUCAUUCACCAAUCUAGUAAUAUUAUUUUCCUUUCACUUGACAGUUUUGAGCUUCAAAGGUUAUGUAGAUUGCUGACUGAUAUACACAAAUUAAACCUUAAAUUAAAUUACACAAUCUACUUGACUAACAUGCUGAUUAUUUUUUUACACAUGCAAUGAAUAUUAGAAAAUCAUGAUUUACACUUGUAAGGUUUUGAACUAAACGCAUCUUGUGCUUAGUGUUUUCCUUGCCACAGUGUGUGCCAUGUUAAAGUUUUGAUAUUCACCUUCACCCAGCGGGCAGCAUUUGUCAGUAUUUUUAUUUUAUAUUAAGGGGAGUAUUUUUAUAUUUUGUCACUUAGGAAUUAAUGAAAAGGUUGGAAAGGAUAUUUAAGGUGUAGCAAAAAGCAGUUACAUAUAGAAUGGCAGGGGAGCUGGCACUCAAUGAUAUCCAGUUAUCUCUGCCUUUGCCAUUAUUCUACAAAUAUGUUGUUAUAUCUUAGGUUUGCAGGCCUCUACAUCAUAAUUUCAUUCAAUCCAUGCUGCCUGUUUUUUUUUGUUUUUUUUCCAGUAGUUUUGGUCUUGAUAUGUUAUCAAGAAUACAAGUAAAUAUUUUGUUGACUAAGAGUGGAAAUUGAUUUGGAAAUAGGGCAUCACAUAAUUUUGUCAUGUGUGAAAAACAGACAUUUGCAGAGUGACCAGUUACAGAGUAGCAGCCUAUGGCUGAAUAUCCACUAGUUUCAGGAAAUGGUAUGUGCCUACUAAGCCAUAAUCCCUCCAGUCUGCAAGUGUGGUUUCACUCUUUUCUUACUAGCUCUCUUUGAGGUGUGGUUGAAGUGAUAGUUAGCAAUUUAAUUAUAUAUUUUUCAUUCGCAGCAUCUCUGUUGCAACGAUAUUUUUGCAAAAUGAUAGAGGUCUUUGCAGGCAAGUGAAUAAAUGUCAUUCAUCCAUAUGUGGAUGAGUUGUUGGUGUCAAUGAUAUAUUUUCUAAUAAUACUUAUCCUGUGAUUCUCCCAAGAUUUUAUAUAGAUUGUUAUAUUGUAUACACUAUAUCUUUGCAUUCAGUCAAAUAAAAUCUAAAUAAUU